AUGCCGCGGCGCGGGCGGGCGGUGGCGGCGAGCGCGCCUGCGCCGCCAGACGUGGCAGCAGCCGCAGCGGCGGCGGGUCCGGAGCGGGUCCGGCGCGGCGGCGGGAUGGCAGCGCCGGGGCAGGGCGCGGGGGCUGCGCGGCGCCGCGGGCGGCUCCCGCCGCUCCCGCUGCUGCUGCUCGGCCUGGCGGCAUUCUUGCCAGCAUUCGUGCACUCAUUGAAGGUGUCUCCACUCAUAGAAAAAAUAAGUGAUCACAAGGAUUUUAAGAAGCUUCUCAGGACACGGAAUAACGUACUGGUGCUCUAUUCCAAAUCUGCCACUGCUGCUGAAAGCUCACUCAGAUUACUGUCCAGUGUGGCCCAGGAGGUGAAAGGACGAGGUACUAUAAGCUGGAUAGACUGUGGUGAUACUGAAAGCCGAAAAUUAUGCAAGAAGAUGAAGGUAGAUCCUAAUUCAAAGGAGAAGGGAGUGGAUUUACUCCAUUAUAAGGACGGUGCAUUUCACACUGCGUAUAACAGAGCGGUCACAUUGAAGUCUAUGGUGGCCUUUCUCAAGGAUCCAGAAGGUGCUCCACUGUGGGAGGAAGAUCCUGAAGCCAAAGAUAUUGUGCAUGUUGACAGUGAAAAGGAAUUGAGAAGGCUUCUGAAGAAGGAAGACAAGCCCUUACUGAUGAUGUUCUAUGCCCCAUGGUGUGGUGUUUGUAAGAGAAUGAUGCCAUCUUAUCAGCAGGCAGCCACAGAACUCAAGGGUAAAUAUGUCCUUGCGGGGAUGAAUGUUUACUCUGCUGAAUUCGAAAGGAUAAAGGAAGAAUUCAAUGUCCGGGGAUAUCCUACAAUCUGCUAUUUUGAGAAAGGAAAGUUCCUGUUCAACUUUGAGAACUUUGGUGCUACCGCAGCAGAUAUCGCAGAGUGGCUGAAACACCCACAGGCACCUCAGCCACAGGCUCCAGAGACUCCCUGGGCAGAUGAAGAAAAUGUGGUUUAUCACCUGACCGAUGAGGACUUCGACAAGUUUAUAAAAGAUCAUUCAUCUGUGCUAGUGAUGUUCCAUGCACCAUGGUGUGGGCAUUGUAAGAAAAUGAAGCCAGAAUAUGAGAAGGCUGCAGAGUUUCUCCAUGUAACCAGUGAUAGUCCGGGUGUCCUUGCAGCAGUUGAUGCUACUGUCAACAAGGCUCUGGCAGAAAGAUAUCACAUCUCAGGGUUUCCUACUUUGAAGUAUUUUAAGGAUGGAGAGGAGAAAUACACUCUGCCACACCUCAGAACAAAGAAGAAGAUCAUUGAAUGGCUGCAGAAUCCUGAAGCACCACCUCCACCUGAGCCUGCAUGGGAAGAAAAACAGACCAGUGUUAUCCACCUGGCAGGAGAAGACUUCAGGGAGUCAUUGAAGAAGAAGAAGCACACCCUUGUCAUGUUCUAUGCACCAUGGUGUCCUCACUGUAAAAAUGCCAUUCCACAUUUCACAACUGCUGCUGAAGUCUUUAAAGAAGAUCGCAAGAUCGCCUACGCUGCAGUGGACUGUGCCAAAGGACAGAAUCAUGACCUGUGUAAGCAGGAGGGGGUCGAUGGCUACCCCACCUUCAACUAUUACAACUACGGGAAAUUUGUGGAAAAAUAUACUGGAGAUCGAGGGGAGUCUGGAUUCACCACUUUCAUGCGAACCCUGAGAGAAAGAGAUCAUGAAAGAGUAGGAAAGAAGAAGGAUGAAUUGUAGUUUCUGCCUCAAAAGAAGCUUUCCGCUGCACUGUGAAUGGUUCCAGGUCUUUUGUUGAUGCACCUGAGACUUCACAUAUUCUCAAGACAGAGACUUUUUUUUAUAAACAGCCAUGGCCAUUUUGUACAAUUUUGAAAUAAAGUGAAACCACUUGAUUUUUAAAAGGAAAAUAAAUUAGAAUGUUGCCAUAAUGUUUUAAAGAAAACUUAGCAUUUUCUCUCAUGUUGGGAGACUAUGCCCACUGACACUCCUAUGCAAUAUUUUUGUAGUCUGUAGUGUGUCUGUAGGUGAUGUUGUUUGUUAGGGUGAAAUUUUUGUUCCGAUAUUGCAGUACAUGUAAAAAACAAAGGGGAGGGGACACGGUUUGGUUUGGAUUUUUUGUUAUGUUUUGUUUAAAUCAGCGCAGGAAAAUGGGAUUUAUAAGACACAGAUUUAUUCAAAUGAAGUUUUUCAUUCUUGU